AAGUCGCAUUUGACAGGUGCAACUUUCACCACAUCUAUCUUUUCAUGUUUUCACAACAAACUGCCACGUUUUUUCUGUGAAAGAGAGCAAUUAAUUAAUUGCUCGUCAUCUCUGUAUUGAAUUAAGGAUCUCUGCUACUGCAGCAUCCAUAAAAUCUGCAAAACUCUCUUGUGUCCAACAUUCAAAGAAAGAAUUUCCAAAAACACUGCGAUGACGCCAAAAGUUUUCUUUACAAAAUUCUUCUUUCAAAGGUUGAAAUCAAUAAAAACACCAUUCCGGGGAUGCCUGUAUGGAGUAGAACAGCAUGAUUUGCGAAUUAUUUUGGGCUUCACGGUAUGCCUCCCUCCGGACGAUGAUUCUUCAAUCUUCUUCAAAGCUAGUCGCGAACUCGAAGAUAUCACCAAUAAUUUACCAGCUGGUGUGGAAUUUUGUGGAUACAUUACUGCUGAAGAAGAGGAACCGGAUGCGACAAAGCUACUGGUAUGUAAUGACAUCGAUGAUUCCGUAUUGGUGACGUGUAGUCUCAAUGAGGAGCAGAAAGCAAGAGCCGGUAAGGUGGCCAAUGGUAAAUUCAAAGAAAUUCCCUACGAAAUCCUUGAAAAUGCUGAAUUGCUGGAGAAAUUCUACCUCGUUAGGAUUCAAUACAACUCGCGAAUUUUCCUCAGACAGACUCCAGAGCCCGCUUGGGCUUCCUUUGAAGAAAUAAAAGAAAAUUUAUCUUUGGGAAAGCUGGUAUUUCUUCCCAAAGAUUCAGAUUUAUUUCUUCAUGCGAAAAUUGGGAGAUCCAAAAACAAAUUAGACGGAUUUCCAUCCACUGUUGCGGAUAUUUAUGCAAAAAUUACCAAAAACCCAGAAGAAUCAAGAGGAAAGGGAAAAAAGGAGAUUCACUUAGAGCAGAGAAUCCUCAAUUUGGAGACUUUGAUCAAUGUUACUGAAGAUAAAAAUGCUCAUUCGAAGAAAUCUUGCUUAAAAAUUAAAUUCAGUAGCGAAAAGAUGUUAACAUUCCCAUUGGUUUUGGAUGGAGUUGCAUUAGUUCCCUCCAAAAGUACCCCUAGUGAACUCUAUGAUCUCUGUGUGGUGGCACUUGAGAGAAAUUUAGCACUCGUAGUCGCUGGGACACAGGAGAGAAUUGACAGAGAACAGGAUGUCCUACCAUUAAUGCCCUACAAUGUUAAACUCAAUGACUUUGGUCAUCAUUUCCUGUGCGUUUGGCCAGUAGGGGUCGAGUCAAGUGAUUCUACACUCAAGGAUAAGCGCAGAGUAUUUCACAAAACUCUCGGAUUGCCUCUCACGAGACCCUACUUUCGUCGUAUGAAUGCCACUCCUGAGGCAGAUCCAAAUGUUCUCCAAAAUACCCACAUUGGGCUUAAAUCCUCCCUUCCUGGGGGGCAGCAGUACCUGGUUCACGGUACCUAUGGGUACUACCACUAUAUGCAACAGAAAUUCGAUGAUUCAGGCUGGGGAUGUGCCUACAGAUCCCUUCAGACUAUCUUCUCGUGGUUCCGGCAUCAGGGCUAUACGGAGAAACCCAUACCCAGUCACUAUGAUAUCCAGGAAGCACUCGUGAGUGUUGGAGACAAAAAUCGUGCCUUCCUCGGUUCUAAGCAGUGGAUUGGCUCAACAGAGGUGUCCCUUUGCCUAGAGAAAUUUCUCAAUAUCUCCUCGCGCAUCAUGUUCGUUCAAUCCGGCGGAGAUUUGGCGCACAAAGGGGCCGAAUUGGCGAUGCAUUUUGAAUCCCAAGGUACCCCCAUCAUGAUUGGAGGUGGUGUACUGGCGCACACAAUAAUCGGCAUUGAUUACAAUCGCAUCUCUGGUGAAAUUAAAUUCCUCAUUCUCGAUCCACAUUACACCGGGGCAGAAGAUCUUUCGACGAUUCAGCAAAAAGGCUUUUGCAACUGGAAGACCAUCAACUUCUGGGACAAGAAGUCCUACUACAACCUUUGCAUGCCCAUUAGACCAAUUGAAUUCUAAGCAUUAAUCGUGUGUUGUUUGGUGUUGUUGUUUUUUUUUAUUGAGAUAAAAAGCUUUUCAACUUUUCAAAAAAUAUAUUUUUACAUCUCUUUCUCUUUUAUAAAUUAUCUUACACUUGCCAAGAAAAUCGUGAAAAAAUACUUUCGAGAUUUCCUCUCAAGGAGAGUUUACUCUUUUUUUUUUAAAGCUAAAGGAAAAAGGUCCCCACAAUUAAGCACAAAGAAACUUUAGAUUUUUACUGUUUGACAACAACUUAACUUUCACUAAAAGAGUCCUCAGUCAAAGAGUUAAACUAAAGUUACGGUUUUUGGUUUUUAAAUAAAUUUCAAGAGAAAAAAAAAAGUAUUUUGUGUGGCCUUUUGCAAAAAAAUCACUAAAAUUCAAUGCUAUUUGGGAUUAAGGAUUUAAAAGAUACUUGGAUAAAGAUAAAAUAAAAAAAGGUACACCUAUCUUAUGUGAAAUUCUUGUAAUCUUUGUAAUUUUUUUUAUAAAUAGAAAACUUCUUUAACUUUCUUUUAAAAAUUGAAAAAUACAUAAAGACAAAUUGUUCAGCUAAAUUAACAAUUAUAAUAGAUUUUUAGAAAAAAAAAUGAUACUUAAUUUAAAAAAAAGCCAAUUCUCGCGGAAAUAGUUGUGCCCCACAAUGUAUUAAUUUUCAUUUUGUAUAAUAAUUUUAUUUGUUCGAGAGUAUUUUGUAAUUUUAACUAAAGAGCUUUUUUUAAGUCUUAUGCUUAUGAUCUUUAUCCAAGGAUAUAAUCCUUUUCGUUUUCAUUCCAAUAAAACUUUCAUCCCAAAGGCGACUCCUACUUUGAAUAACUUAUGUACAAUAAAUAUUAUAAUAUAUACAAAGAAGUACAUUUAAUUUUACAAUUUGUAUUGCAUUUACACGACAAAAAGACAUUAGAAAUAAAAAUCAAAAAUUAUUCUAUAAUU